ACGUAACCAAAAAUUUGGCGGUUGAGAAGCAACGACCGCAACUUCACAGUUCACACAACUCUUGUAUGCUUUUGCAACUCCCUUUGUUCAGUCGGAAACACCAAAACAAAUAAAAGCGAAAUUUGCGAUGCCAGGUGGAGCCACCGUCUGCUCCGGUCACCGGUUUCAAUGUCUUCCCCUUCUUCCACACUCAACUCGUCCCCAACUCACCAAUUCAACUCGCUCUCGACUCGUUUCUGUUAACCCUCAAUCUAUUUCAUGUUUUCGUACGAAGCUUUUCUUCGAAUCCAAUCGGUUUAGUUUUACUCUAACAAGAGCUGCUGAUUCUUCAACCACCACAACUUCCCAAUCUUCUGAUGUUCCCAACAACAAUAGCAUCACACUUGUUCCCGAUGACGAAAUCUCCAUUACUAAGAUUUCAUUUGGUACGAUUGGACUAAGUCUUGGAGUCUCACUCUUGUCCUAUGGUUUUGGAGCAUACUUUAAUAUUCUCCCUGGAUCCGAAUGGUCAGCUAUAAUGUUAACAUAUGGGUUCCCCCUUGCUAUUAUUGGCAUGGCGCUCAAGUAUGCAGAGCUCAAGCCAGUGCCAUGCCUCACAAAUUCAGAUGCUUUCCGGUUACAGGAAAAAUGUGCAACUCCUAUUCUUAAACAGGUGAAGAGUGAUGUUACCAGAUUUCGCUAUGGGGAUGAGCAGCAUUUAGAAGAAGCAUUGAAACGGAUUUUUCAGUAUGGUCAAGGAGGAGGAAUCCCCAGAAGAAGUGCACCUGUUCUACAAUUGAUUCGUGAAGAGGUCACACAAGAUGGGAAAUAUAGUUUGGUCUUGGUUUUCGAGGCUAAGACUCUAACAUUGUCCGAUUUUGAAAAGAGACAGGCUAAAUUUACUUCAUUCUUUGGGCCUGGAAUUACAGCAGAAGUUGGUAACGGCGAAAAUAAUUUAUACGAGGUUCGACUUAUCUCCAAUACAGACCCUAAUGCAACUUCUUCAUGAUGCUCUUGACCAUUUUAUCCUCCUAUUCCAUGUUGCUUGGUUCAGUUAAUUACAAGACUUAGGUCCUAUAAAAUAUGUAAAAAAUUAAAAGGUAUAGAUUAUUUUUUUUCAUGUAUUAUAUUUUGACAGAUUGAAAGAAAGAGAAAAGCAGUUGAAAAGGAAGAGCCAAUGAAAAUCACAUUAUUUACAUUUGAUA